GGCUCGGGCAGGCGGCGGGCAGCGCGCUGCUUCGGGGACGCGCACCGGCACCGGACCGGCACCGGCACCGGGACCGGACAGCGGCGGGGCCGCACCAGGGCCGGGCCGGCUGCGCUGACAGUGCCGGGCACGGGCGGCCGACCCGGCGGGGAGUUGCCGAGGAGGAAGAGCCGGUGUCCAGCCAGCCCGGCCUCCCUUAUAACCGCCCUCCCCAUCCGACGGACCCCAUCAGUGCACGGGACAGGGUUGGAGCAGCUCCCGCAGCUUCGGGUGUGCGUUUGGGGAUGCAAAGGCUGAUCCUGUGCUCCCGGCGAGGGACCUGGCAUCGUGGCACGGUGGCUUUCCAGCCAGCAGCCCACCCUCAAGUGUAGAAGGUGAAAAUGGGCCGGAAAAAAAUACAGAUCAGCCGAAUACUGGAUCAGCGGAACCGUCAGGUGACCUUCACCAAGCGGAAAUUUGGGCUGAUGAAGAAGGCGUACGAGCUGAGCGUCCUGUGCGACUGCGAGAUCGCCCUCAUCAUCUUCAACAGCACCAACCGCCUCUUCCAGUAUGCCAGCACCGACAUGGACAAGGUGCUGCUCAAGUACACGGAGUACAGUGAGCCCCACGAGAGCCGCACCAACUCCGACAUCCUUGAGACGCUGAAGCGCAAGGGGCUGGGGCUGGAGAGCCAUGAGCUGGAGCUGGAUGAGGGGCCUGAUCCUGGGGAGAAGGCGCGAAGGCUGAGCGAGGGCAUGGACCUGUCGGUGGCACGGCCCAAGUUUUAUAGCCCAGUGCCCCUGCCCGAGGCAGCCUACGGCAGCUCCCCACCAGCCACCGACACAGCCCUGGGCAGCGCCAGCAGCUCCCCUCAGGGCCAGGGCCGCCCACCCACCUUCAAGCCAACAGCACCAAAGCCACCAGGACGCUCACCAGGGCCACUGCCCCCAGGUAUUGGCUACCCACUCUUCUCUGCUGGCAACCUGAACCGAGCCCUGGCCACCAAGACACCCCCACCACUGUACCUGGGGGCAGAGGGCCGACGUGGCGAAGCCCAUGGUAGCUUGGCGAGUGGCCGGAGUGGUGGCAGCACAGCGCGGCCGCUGUACCCCACUUUGCAGCCCUUGAGCCCUGUGCUCACCCCGGGCAGCUCCAGUGUCCCGAGCCACGGCCUCACUGGCUUCUCCUUCCUCGCCCCAGCCCAAGCAGCAGAGUUUGGGGCUGGCGAGGCCCCGCCACCCCCUGGCUUCCUGCAGCCCGGCCCCACAGCGUGGCAGCACCCACGGGACAUGGCAGCACUGGGGGUCAGCAGCCGGAUUGUCUCCAGCGAAGAGCCAGCUCCGGCCCCCAGCACCCCCCCGCAGCACCAAGCCAUCAGCAUCAAGUCGGAGCGGGUCUCCCCAGGGCUGGGCUGUCCCUCGGGCACCCCCCAGCCCCCCCCAGCCAGCCUGGCCUCUCUGAGCGAAGCCUCCCAAGGCCCUGGAGACCCCCAGCCACGGGAUGACUAUGCCAAGGGGUACCCCUACCCCCUGGGGCCCCCCCGGCCACUGGCAGAGGAGCAGCGGGCCCCCAUCCCCACCCGGCGGGCGCAGGCCAUGGACGCUUGGCAGAGAUAGCGAGGCUGAUGGGGUGCAGGGUGGAGUUGGGGGGGGGAGAGCCUGGGGGAGCAGGCCCCGCUUUUCCCCCAUCCUUGGACCCCCAGGAAGCCCCCCAUGCCCUUUGCAAUGCUGCCAGGGGAGUCAGUGGUGCCAAAGGGCUUCCCAUGGGGUCCUGGUCCCCCAGGGUGGCAAACCACCUCCACACCCCGGUUCCCCCCACAUGGCUCUGGCCCCCCCUCCCUGCAGCUCUGACCCCCAGCCCCCCGCAAGGCCAGGACCCCACGGGCGAGGAGCACCACCCCGCUCCCCUGUCCAGUGCCGGACGCUGUACAUCCCCAUCCAUCCAUCCAUCCGUCAGUCCGUCCGUCCGUCCCUGCACCGGCAUGUCCCCAGCGAGCGGGAAUGCCUGACAAGUGCCACGGGGUGGCAGCAGGACUGAGAGCACCAGCAGCUGGUCCAACCCUGCACACCCCGGUCUAAUCCUGCACCCAACCGGGGCGGGGGGGGCUGCUGGGGUCCCGCAGCGAGGCAGCAGGGAAGGACAGAGGGAGGCAGCUGGGGGUGGUGGGUGCUGCUCCCCCGGCCCAGGGGCUCUUUUCUAUUUAUUAUCUUCUCACCAAUAAAGAGCUGGGGGUGUCGGGGUGUCUGGUGUGAGCUUCUUGGGGUCAGGCAGCAUGCCUCGGGGGGGCUAACAAGGUGGCAGGUCAUUGAUGUCCCCAAGGGGAGAAGUGGCCCAUGCCCUGAUUCCCUUUGGUUCAGCGUUGCUGUCCCCAAUGUCCCCCCCAGGCCACCUGUCCAGGGUCACCCACCAGCAAGGUGGGUGACAGCUGGGUCACCCCUGUCUCUGACCAGGUCCCUGGGGCCCAGCUGUGCUGCUCCCACCCCUUGGCCCCCUGGGAGACCCCAAAAAGCUGGUCAUAAAGUCUCAAGUGCCACAGCCCUGUGCUGCCAACGGGUGGGAGGAGGAAAAACCCCUU